AUGGCUUCAGCCGGCAGCGGGAUGGAGGAGGUGCGCGUGUCUGUGCUGACCCCGCUCAAGCUGGUGGGGCUGAUGUGCAUCUUCCUGUCGCUGUGCCUGGAUCUGGGAGCCGUGCUGAGCCCGGCCUGGGUCACGGCCGACCACCAGUAUUACCUGUCCCUGUGGGAGUCCUGCCGCAAGCCCGGCAACUUGGACAGCUGGCUCUGCGAGUCCACCCUGCACAGCGACUGGCAGAUAGCGACUCUCGCUUUGCUUCUGGGCGGUGCUACCAUCAUUCUCAUAGCUUUCCUGAUUGGUUUGAUCUCGAUCUGUGUGGGGUCUCGGAGGCGGUUCUACAGACCACUCGCAGUCAUGCUCUUUGCAGCAGUUGUUCUUCAGGCGUGCAGCCUAGUCCUUUAUCCAGUCAAGUUCAUCGAGACAGUCAACUUGAAAAUAUACCAUGAGUUCAACUGGGGCUAUGGCCUGGCUUGGGGUGCAACUAUAUUUUCAUUUGGGGGUGCCCUCCUUUAUUGCCUGAACCCUAAGAUCUAUGAAGACUACUACUAG